GUGGGAAUAUUUUAAAGUGUGUCAACAUUGCAUAUUGAAGUGACUCGUUUGUCGUUGUCAUGUUGUGAGAUAUUAAACAGCCUCUAGAUAUUUAUCCAAUUGGCUAGCCCUGGCAGUGCUGAACAGUAUUAAUGGAAAGUCAGAAUGUAACAUGCCCUCUCAGUUUCAACUGCAGUGGAAAAUCAAGCAAAGAUUUAGUCAGUUUUGACAUUGGAGCGUCUCCAAGCUAUGUGAGCAUUGUCUCAUGCAUUCUGUCUUGUUUGGGUUCACUUUUGAUCGUAUUAGCAUUCUGUCUACUCAAGGACUUACGUACUACCACCCAGAAGAUAAUUACCUUUUUGGCAAUCGCUGAUUUCAUCAGUGCUGUUGGCUACAUUUUCGGUUCGGUAAACUUUUUAACCCACUUUGGAAAAACUAAUUCAUCUGAAUGUCAGGUCUUCCUCAUACUAUGCGAAGCUCAAGCCACUAUAACAGCAUGGUCGUCCCUUGUCUCGUUUUUUUGGACAGUAUUUCUCGCCUUACACUUCUUCCUGAUCAUUGUCUUCAAACGUUUCCAUUUCGCAGGAAAACUACUCUCUGUGUACAAUGUCAUUGCUUGGGGAGUGCCCCUGAUAAUCAUUCUGCCACUGCUAGGUACAGGCAAGCUCGGUUAUGCUCCGUAUGCAGCUUCUAACUGGUGCUACGUGAAGGACUACAACUACCAUGGUUUGAGGCAGAAUGAGCUGACCGUUGUUUUUAUACUAGUGGCUGGAAAGGGCUGGGAAUUCAUCAGCUAUAUGUGUGUCACAGUCCUGUACUUGCUCAUCUUUUGCCAUAUUCACCGGACUCGUCGCCAGUUGCAGAAUACUGAGAUUGAGCCGCGGAUGUUACAAGUAGAGUGGAGAUUGAUGGCUAUCCCGAUGCUGUUCAUCCUACUCAGAAUGUGGGGAACCAUUCAGCUGAUUGUCUCUCUUAGUCUGCCCUCCAACAAAGAUGCUCCUUGUAUCACCCCUCAGUUGCGUGAUGUGUACUUAGCCUUAGGGAUACUGCAAGCUAUUGGCGAUGGAGGCCAGGGCUGGGGAAACGCUGUCCUCUAUGUUUUCCUCUCCCCCACUAUACGUACUCGGCUCUUUAACUCUCUCUGUGGACCAUGUGUAGAUGCCAUCAAGGGACGACUGGUGGGUGAGCUCGAUACAGACACGACAACAUCACAGAAACCGGGACUCAAUCACCGAGUGCGAAAUAUGAAUGUGAAUAAGCAAGAUGGGUCUACGUCGCCUCUACUACCUCACAGGCCUGCUACAGGAUAUAACAUUAGAAAAUAUGACUCAACCAGUAGCUCAGAGCAGUCUUACAAUUACGAACACAGUAUGAGUUCAACUGCUGCUUAGAUGUGGUAUUAUGUUGUUAA